AUGUUCAAGUUGAGUGGAAGCAGAUUGCAACGCCCGCUGGCGGCGGUUGCUCGAAUGAGCCGGUACAACAAUUGUCAGAUGGCAGUGCGUCCCCUACCAAUAUCACGAUUCCAAAGUACCGAUACCAAGACCGUUGAUCGCAAUGAGUUUAGUGACGAGAAAAUCGACGAGUGGCUAGAUGCCAUCAAAUCUCUGAGAGCUGAGUUUUCAGAACACGAAUUCUUGCCGGAGUCAUCUUUGGCUCCACCGGGACAGUCAAGAAUAGAUAUUAUAGAGGAUGUGAUGUCUCAGGAUAGAAAAUUUGAACCUUCAGCACAACAAGUGGAAGAAUGGGAAAGACUGAAAGAUGUUCCAAUCCCUCAAAGAAGGGACCCAGUGGUACAACACGUCACCAACAUGAUAAUGAGACACGGAAAGAAGCAGCGUGCAGAGAAGAUCCUUUCGAGGGCUCUGUAUCUGGUGUUUUGUCACUUGCGUCAGGACCCAGUGCAAAUAUUGAAGAAGGCGCUGGACGACUUGGCGCCGCUCAUGAUGGUUAGAACUUUCAACACCGGCGUUGCAAAGGCGGCCGUGAUCCCCGUCCCGUUGAAUCAAAGGCAGAGGAACAGAAUCGCCUGGAAGUGGAUCGUGGAAGGCGCAAGCAAGAGAGCCUCGUCUGAUUUUUCCGUCAGACUAGGCGAGGAAUUGAUCGCUGUGUUCAAAGGCAACAGUUCGGGAUUCGAUAAGAGAGACCAGAUACACAAGACGGCAAUCGCCCACAGAGCCUAUAUUAGAUUGAAAUGA